AUGACAAGUUCGUCCUCCUCUCCCUCUGCAUACUUCACCGAUGUUGACUUUCCAUCCAGCCCUCUACGCCCGCAAUCUCGCGCCAAACCAUCUCACAUCAUCGCCUUCUCCCCCGGCACCGCCUGCAUCAAUCCCAGCCUUAUUGCUCAAUACUCCUUCUCCACAGGCUUCCGUGCCAAGAACCAGUCAACAGUCCUCUGCGGCACCACCCCACUCGCUCGCUUUGGUCUUGCUCAUCUGCACCAUCAAACCAAUAUUUCGUCACCCUUCAUCAGCAUGUACGAUAAUCUCGCUCGUGCCGAACAAGUUGCACUCUACUUUGAGCAGAAGUACCCCGGUGAGGAGGUUUGGAUCGUCACCAUUGACACGAAACAUCUGGCCUGGGGCCCAGUCUUUCGUGCUGCAGAUAUCUUGAAGGGCGAGGCGGAUAACCGCCAAGGAUGGAUGCACGAGGGCGAGUAUCUGGUGUUGUAUACCGUCCCAAAGCAAGCAGUUAGGGUGGAGACAUUGAUGACAAAGGGCAAGGGGAAGUAUGGCGCUGUUGGGUUGAUUGGCGGGAGGCCGUGA